AUGGAAGAGAGCAACGACUCCAGGACCGCUUCAAUUGGCCGCAAGCGUGCCAGAGAGACUGAGCAGCCCCUGGCACUGGAACUUUCACCUGAGCAACAAACAACGCCGAAUAAGAGGCCAAGGCUCGCUGCUUCCGCGCUGGACUCGCAGCCAGAACCCACCCCGACGUCACGUGCUUCUAGACCUGGAAGAAGUCCGAGCAUGUCUGAUGCGGAUCCAGAAGAUGAAGGCGGCGUUGAGCUUGUGGAGAACGCUGCAAGCCGAAACAUGGAGACAGAUUCCGCAGGGGCAUCUGCGCAACCCAGCAACGUCACCGGAAGUGGCUUCAUACCGCUUGCCUCCGUAGACGAGAGUCGAUCAGACGAUUCUUUGCUGAGCAACGUUAUAAUCCCAGACCAUGCGCGUAGAACCGUCGCCAAAAAGGUGCCUCCUUCAAAGCAGGUACAUAAAAUUACUAGACGCCAGAAGGAGGCCAUUCGCCUAUCUGAAGGAGAUCACGCCAGGAAAAUCUUCCUGAAUCCGCCAAGCAGUCCAAACCUGGACACCGACACGGAACGACAAAGAUGUAUCGUUCUUGAAGUGACUUCUCUAGCACAGCCAGACGAUGUUAAAUACAGUCAGAAUCAGAGACAGAGUAUGCAGACGCAGCUUCUCCGCUACCUCGCAAGACACAUCUACGGAGGCCUCGAAGCCGUCUAUCAUUGCUGGAAGAAGACAGCAAGCGAGGUUGUCAUUCGCGCUUUGCUUGUAUACUCUACCCCAGAUCAAGCAAACCUCGCGACAACGAUCAUUCACGUGACCAAGAUAAACGUUUUUGGCACCCCACCUGGUCCGCCCAAGGCGCUACCUGUUACUUCGUCUGAACCUGACGAAUGGCACAAAUUUGAGAAAACUGAGUGGAAAACGUAUGCAGAGGAGAGUAAAGCCCUGGUGUUCAGCAAGUUGAGAGAAGGAGAGCUCCAACCAGAGGAAUACGAAGGAUUCUCCCAAGAGAGCGAGACCAUUGCCCCAACGCAACCGAGAAGCCAGAGGCCAGCUUCAACAGCCAAACGUGCAUCAGGCAGCGCGCAAGGUCUAAGUCCGGGUAACGGCCGGGAUGGACAGCCGUCUAUAGCAAGUACUGCCCCUGGGAAGCAACCCACUACCGGUCGUCGAUCGCAAAGCACUCAACUCAUGGUCAAUAAUGGUGCCGUAGUUGUUGAUCCACCGGAAUCCGCCCUCACGGCCAUCAAUGGUUUGAACGGAUCUACAGACGGGCCAACCACUGCUGACACUGUUAUGGACGAAGCAGCAGUCGACGGCGAGCCGCUCUGGUUUGCCGAUACGAGACCGUCUGCUGUCCCUCGCGAUGCUUCUCCGCUACUAAUCGCCGAAAUCCCAGUGAAGCUCUUUCAAGUUUCGGCAGUAGAGCGCGAGCUCCAGGGCCGAUACUGGAAGAUCUUCAAUGACCACGACACUGUGCGAUGCAUGACCUGCGCAGCUGUGGGCCACACAUCAGACGCAUGUCCUUCACGGUCCUGCAAGCACUGUCUUGAAGUAGGUGACCACUUCUCAAGCGCAUGUCCUAGUGUGCGCAAGUGCCGCAAAUGCCGGGAACGCGGUCACUCGGAGACGGACUGCCCCUCCAAACUCAGAUGUAUCAGCGCCGAUGGCCUCGUCUGCGAUCUGUGCCAUGAGACUGGUCACUUCGAGGAGAACUGCUGCUGGCUCUGGCGAACCUUCAAUGUCAACGCCAUUCCGUACUCCAAGAAGGUUGGCAGACUCCUCGUUGGCUGCUACAACUGCGGCUCAGACCUGCACUGGGGCAACGAUUGUCCGCUGCACGGCAGGAAGAAGCGCUUUGAUGUGACCACCUUCUCCGCCAACGAAGCGAACAAGUUCAUCCUUCCAGUAGCGCAGCACGCAGCGAAUGUCAAGGCCAAGCGAAACAUGGGCAUCUCGAUCAAAGGCCGUGCCGAGAAGGACGCCAUCACCAUCAGCGACGACGACGAGCAAAGCACCUUCCUAGGAAAGCGCGUUCAGCCGCCUCCUAAGCGUGGGAAGAUCCGCGUCAACGCGCCGGCCCCCAAGGGGGCUCGCAAGGCGGACCGCUACCAAAUCACACCCAACGACUACGACCGCAGACCCGUGUAUGACCAUCCGCCACCAACAUCCUUCCACACUCGUCCUCGCUCCCGGUCACCGCCCAGGCAGCGCUACGACGACUACCAGAACGGAUACGACAGCUACCAGGGUCGGUAUGAGGACCACCAGGGUGGUGGGUAUCGCGCGAGGUCGCCGCUGGCGAGUAGCUACGGCCGCGGUCAGAGCUAUCAGCCGCCGUUGCCGAAUGAGCCGGUGCCUCCGCCGCGCCGUGACCGCUAUGGUAGCUAUGAUCGAGGCUAUCAGCCACCGCCGCCGCCCGAACCUGUGCCGGCGCCUCGCAAGGCUCUGGGUAGCGGUGCGCGUGGUAGGGGUAGAGGGCGUGGUCGCCGGUGA